AUGUCGACUCAGGGAUUUGACAAGAACUCAGGUCCUGGUACUGGUACUGGUACCCAAAAACAACCACCCUCCUUUGGUUUCCGACCUCCUUCCCAAUCACCAUAUACAUGGUUCAAUGCUUCUUCUCAAAAACCCCAAGUUCAUCAAGGCUCUGCACUACAACCUAUUAAUCCAUCACGUAACCCUAGAGCUGAACAUCCUGCAAACUCAAGAACUGUUGUAGCGAGGCCUUCUGUAUCUCCUCCAAGAUCAACUGCAAGGCGCAAUCCUUACACUGAUCCAGAAAAUCAUAUUUGGUCUCCACAAUAUACCGAUCUUGAUAAACCUGAAACACCUGCAAUCAAUCCAAGUGAUAUCCCUGUCCCAAAACGGAGCAGAUUACCUUUUACAACAUCAAAUGAUCCUGUUCUUGAUGACAGUGAAAGAGAAUUGCAAGCUAAAGCGAAAAGAUUGGCCCGAUUUAGAGAUGAACUUAGUCAACCUGAGUCAACCGAUAAAAACCAAAACCAAAACCAAAAGAGGCAGCAGAUUGAUCAGUUGGGUAUGGACAAAAGAAAGUUUAUGAUGGAAGGUUCAGAUAUGGGAGGGCAUUUACGUAAUAGCAAUGCCAAUAUACAAACUGAUUCUGAAGAUCAAGAUUCAUCAUCCACUGUUAUAACUGGAGUUUGUCCAGAUAUGUGUCCAGAGCAAGAAAGAGCAGAGCGAGAGAGGAAAGGAGAUCUUGAUCAAUAUGAACGUUUGGAUGGAGAUAGAAAUCAGACAACUGAAUCUCUUGCAGUUAAGAAGUACACUAGGACAGCUGAGAGGGAAGCUGCACUGAUAAGACCAAUGUCAAUCCUGCAAAAGACAAUGGAUUAUCUUUUAAACUUGUUGGAUCAAUCCUAUGAUGAUCGAUUUCUUGGUUUAUACAACUUUUUAUGGGACAGAAUGAGGGCAAUCAGGAUGGAUCUAAGGAUGCAGCAUAUCUUCAAUCUUGGUGCUAUUACAAUGCUAGAGCAGAUGAUACGGCUUCAUAUAAUAGCAAUGCAUGAAUUAUGCCAAUAUACGAAAGGAGAAGGAUUUGCAGAGGGAUUCGAUGCACAUCUCAACAUUGAACAGAUGAACAAAACAUCUGUUGAGUUGUUUCAGUUGUAUGAUGAUCAUAGGAAGAAAGGAAUAGAGGUGCCUACAGAAAGAGAAUUUAGAGGUUAUUAUGCACUUCUCAAAUUGGACAAACAUCCUGGCUACAAGGUUGAACCAUCAGAAUUAUCACUUGAUCUUGCCAAGAUGACACCUGGCAUACGACAAGCUGAAGAAGUUCUAUUUGCUCGUAAUGUAGCCAGAGCCUGUAGAACUGGCAAUUUUAUAACCUUCUUUCGUCUGCUUAGGAAAGCAACCUAUCUUCAAGCAUGCUUAAUGCAUGCUCACUUUGGCAAGUUAAGAACUCAAGCACUUGCUUCUCUACACAGUGGCCUUCAAAACAACCAAGGCAUACCAGUAACCCUAAUUGGAAAAUGGCUCGGAAUGGAGGAAGAAAACAUGAAAGAUCUUUUGGAAUAUCAUGGAUUCUCUAUAAAAGAAUUUGACGAGCCAUAUAUGGUUAAAGAAGGACAAUUUCUAAACACCGAUAGUGAAUACCCUUUAAAAUGCUCAAAACUUGUUCAUCUCAAGAGAUCAACAACAAUUAUGGAUGAUGUUUUAUCUUCUCCAAUUCCAAUCAAAACUCCCGAGCCUCCAAAACGGGCCCCACGAAAGGCUUCUAUUCAAACACAAGUCAAAUCACCGGUUUCCCCAAAGAAGACUCAGAGUUUUGCUGAGGUCAUCCGUAACCGCGUGGCGGUUUAUGGCGGCAGUCCGUCUGUCAAUCAGCCGCCGGUUUUCACGAUUCCGGUGGUUGAAAGACGGAAUGACGUGGAAGUUGGAAUCGGAACUCCUUCACCUCGGAAUAUGUUUAAAAAUAUCUUUAAAACUAAUAAAUUACCCGAUGCAUCUCAAGAAGAUGUUAGGAAACCGAGUUUUGAUAAUCGGUUUCGGAAUUCUCUGGAGAAGCAUACCCCGGUAAAUGUAUUUGCAAUGCCGCCACAAGUUCCGCCUAUGGUGGACCCCGUUUUGGUUGAAGAUUCAGUGGUGGAGGUGGACCCUGUUUUUGUUGAGGACAUGGAACCAGAAGAAUCUGAAAAUGUGAUUCAGGAAGUGGAAGAGGAAGUUGAUACUUCUGUAGUUGAAGAAGUUGCUGAGGCCAAACUUAGACUGAUAUUGAGGAAAUAA